CAGAAAUCACAGUGAAGACUUUUUGAAGCAUGCGAGUGUCAGUUGGGUAUUUCUGUUUCAGGCAUAGUAUCAGCCUUGAACAUCUAGACAGUACACGUGUGUCAGGCAGAUUUGAUUGUCUCGCACUUACACCUACAUGUUUCUAUACAGCGCCGCCUUCUGCUUACAGGUCAGAUAAUUGUCAUUGUUAUUACGCAGCUGUGCCCUACCCAAGUUGUCUUUUAUGAUCAGUUACCAGAAGGAACAGAAACUUCUCACCGCAUUCCAUUAGACUUGUGUUGUGUACUGGAUACGGUCUCAAAGGGAGAAAAUGACUCAAUUUGAAAACGGCACCUUUGACUACGGCGAUAUAUAUAAUGAUAUUGAGGAGCCAUGUUCAGUGGAGCGCAGAGAAAGCAUUGAGAACUUCCUCCAGUUAUUUAUUCACCCAAUCAUUUGCUGUGUUGGUUUUAUCGGCAACGCUCUCGUGAUCGUGACGUACGCUCUCUACAAGCGAACCAAGUCUAUGACUGACGUGUAUCUGCUGAACGUGGCCAUCGCUGACAUCCUGUUUGUGGUGGCACUUCCUUUGAUUAUCUACAGCGAGCAGUAUGGGUGGUCCAUGGGAAACUUGUCUUGCAAGCUGCUACGUGGCAUCUACAGCAUGAACCUCUACAGCGGCAUGCUGCUCCUGGCUUGCAUCAGUGGAGACCGCUACCUUGCCAUCGUACAGGCCCGCCGGUCCUUCCGGCUGCGUUCAAGCACUCUGCUUUACAGCCACCUGGUCUGUGCAGUCGUCUGGUUGUCGGCCUUGCUUCUAUCCCUUCCCACCUUCAUAUUUUAUGAGCGUUAUCAUCCUGGCCUAUAUGAAACCAGCUAUUUGAACCGUACUGACGGUACUGACGGUACUGACAUUACUGACAUUACUGACAUAACUGACAUUACUGACGGUACUGACGGUGAAGACGGCCCAUAUGUGUGCUUUUUCAAAUUUCAGUCAAACAAAACGGCACGUGUGAUGAAAAUCGCGGUGCCUAGCUCUCAGGUUGCGUUGGGUUUCUUCUUGCCGCUGUUGAUCAUGGGAUUCUGUUACUCCAGCGUCAUUGUCACCCUUCUUCGGGCCAAAAAUUUUCAGAGACACAAGGCAGUGCGUGUGGUCCUCACUGUGGUCCUUGUGUUUGUGGUCUGCCAUAUGCCUUAUAAUAUAACGCUGUUGUUGUAUACCGUCAACAUGUUUCAAGAACAGGAAUGCAGCCAUGAGGAGUCUAUCGCAUUGACCAUGACCAUCACGAGAAGUUUGGCGUACCUGCACGCUUGUCUCAAUCCCCUGCUGUAUGCCUUCAUUGGAGUCAAUUUCAGAAACCACUUCCGGAAGAUCCUACGGGAUCUGUGGUGCUUGGGGAAGAACUACAUGUCAGCAAGACGGUCCUCACGGGUCACCACUGAAAUGUAUAUUUCACGGCGCUCUAUGGAUGGCUCAUACAAUGACAAUGGCACUUCAUUUACCAUGUGAUUGUCAAGUGUCCAGCAUUGACAUUGACUGACAGACUGAUUAGCACUGAUCAAAAAUGAAAAUUCACUCAUCAGUUAUUCACCUUCAUGUUGUUCCAAAUCUGCAUGACCUUGUCUUUUGUGUUUAGUUUUUUUGACUGGGACAACAUGAGGUUGAGUAAAUGAUGAAUGAAUGUUUUCUUUUUUAUUUUGAUUUUGAGAAAUGAUGCUAAUUACAAACCAAAGGGGGAAAAUGGUUGUUCCAUGUUUCCACAUGUUAAAACAGCAGUGUAAAAAGUCUAAUGUAUAUGAAUAGAUUAGGUUAAUUAAUGUGUGCUAUAUGUAGUACUAAUGCAGAAUGUUUUUAUUUUUUAUUUUUGUACUGUUUACCUUUUGUACAUAGAUUCUUUAAUAUUGCCUAAUGUACUUGAGAUGUAAACAUUUGAAGUUUUAUCUAAAUAAAUUAGGCAAUGCAAUAACAAAUCUUGAAAUGAGAUCCAGUGCUGAGAACCGAUGCACCAACUGAGGCGUACAACUUUUUUCAAAAGGAUUUUUAAAAAUUAAUCACAGGUUUUGAAUUAUAUUGAAAGUCUAGAACAUGCCAUGACCUUUGAGAUGUUAUCUUUGACCUCGAUGCAUAAUCUCAUACCGUUUUGCAUAACAUUCCUCUACAAAAACUAGCUCCUUCCCCCAAACAGUUAUCUUCUGCAUAUCUGAUCAUCAAUGAAAAGACCGUUUUACUGCCAUAGCAGUUUUUAAAAUUAUUUUAAGUUAUUUUAUUAAACAGGACAUUUUUCCAUUAGCUGCAAGUUUCACAAAAUUGACAUGAACUGGCUGCUGCUGCUAUGAGUAUGAACUUCUCCAUUACUGAAACAAACACAGAACAAUGUACUUCUAUGUGUUUUGUCACUGUAAUUCUAGAACCGGAUAUUCAGUGGCAUGAACACGCGAUUUCACACUUCAUUUGUGUCUGAUUCCUAGAACUCAGACUAAAUGAAUGAAAAUUUAGUUUUUAUUGCUAAAGUUAGCUGACAAAAUUGCAGAGCAUUGUUUAAAAGGCAAGUUUUGAAAGUCAAGUUUAAAAGCUUAAAAGCUCAAUAACGAGUGUUGCUUUGGACCCCACUGAUGUGCUCUGUAAGGAUAAAAUAUUUAAAACAUUUUUCAAAAUAUCUUUUGUGUUUCACAAAUAAUAAUAUUAAGUUUUUAAAAGUUAAACUUAAAAAGCAUUGCGACUCCAAAAAUGCUUUUUGUUUAACGCUGUCCAUGUUAAAAUUAGAGACUGAUGUAAUUCAGGUGAGUGCUGAGGGCUCAGUAAAAGUAUCCUGUUGCCCCCAAGCGGUCUCCUACUUGAAGCCAACACGGAAGUAACUAAAACUGCAAUUCGUCGACUGGCCGCUAGAGGCUGGCUCCAAAAAGGAGUCAAUCCCAUAGACCUCCCAUGUUAAAAUGCCCAACUUCACAGCUGAAAAAAAUGUUUACCGCCUGGUACAAAAAGUGAUUUUGGUAUAUAUAGGUCAUUUUGCCCUUCAUGAAAACUGUGAGGGGGGUGAAUUUUUUUUUUUUUUUUUUUUUUUAACAAC